AUGGCCGGCGAGGAGCGGCCAGCACCGGCAACAGCACCAGCACCAGCACCCGUACCCGUACCGCAGCGGAAGCCCAGGAAUAGACAAUCACGCGGCAAAGGCUUGAGGAAGACGACGGGAUGCAUCACGUGUCGACGACGCCAUGUCAAGUGCGAUGAGACUCGACCUCAUUGCGAGAGGUGCAGAAAGGUGAACCAGACGUGCAUCUACGCUGAUACCCACGCCCACGCCCACGUCCACGCUCGUCCGGAGACCAGCCCUCAGCCUGGACCUGGACCCGGACCCGGGCCUGGCCUACUAGCAACAUUGCCAGCUGCAGUGCCGUUAGCAGAUCCAGAGGUUCAGCAAGGACGCGUGCGGCCUCCAGAUUGGCCACAGCAGCAGACGCCAUCGACCACUCCUUGGUCUGCUCCUCCCCCUGAGCAGUCGUUACGAUAUCAGCCAGCUCGUUCAUCAGAUACUGCUGGUGGAGGCGUGACCUCGGUGCCGCCGUCAGGUCAGAGAGCCAGUGUGCAGAUCGACUAUUUACUCAAUACACCUGGGCCGAGUCCGAGUCUGGAACCGUCGGACCAGCACAAAGUCAUCUCUCCAGAUAUGUCCGCUUACGCAGCCACUCCAUUUUCAAUGAGCAGUAGCGAGCAAAGCAUAGUGUCGAGAUCAGUAUCUUCGAGACCAACCUACAAUGUUGCCAUCUCAAGAUGGUUCGAUAUGCUCGUUGGCGAUUCCGCGUUCGAAGCUGUUGUUCCAGAGAAUGAAACUGCAGUGGACGAUGUACGGGGUAUGGGCACCCCACGAGAGACUCCGAGAGGCCACGAUCGGACGAGCAGUGCUCCGUUUGCAGGUUCAUGGCAGAGUUCAGCGGCUUGUGGGAGAGGCUAUCAAGCGGCGUCGCCGGCUUCUUCGAAUCCACAGCUGCUGGAGAGGAAUCCACCGCUUAUGAUGAGUGCUGCGUCUGAGAAUUGGCGGUGGCAGGCAGAGGCACCGAUUGAAUUGUUACCUCGUGAGCUCUUCAUCUUCCGCAAUUUUGUGGAGCGGAUAAGUCUUUGGAUUGAUCUUUUCGACCCCACUCAGAGCUUUUCGAGCUUUGUUCCCCAUCUCGCGAUCCGAAACGUCGGCUUGCUGAAAGCCAUUCUGGCGCUCUCGGCACGCCACAUAUCGCUCAUGAGCCAUCCAGACAUCACUCCAGGGCAAACGCAUGACCGAAACGACGCCCUCCAAUACUACAACGAAACCCUUCACUACCUCUCAAAAGCAAUGCAAUACGAUAGCUAUAAAACCAGUCUCGAGCUUCUCGCCACCGCCCUCAUCGUCUCCACCUACGAAAUGCUUGACGGCUCCGGCAAAGACUGGGAGCGCCACCUUCAAGGCGUUUUUUGGAUCCAGCGCUCCCAAGUCAUCCACGGCGACUCCAAAGGGCUCAAACAAGCCGUCUGGUGGGCCUGGCUAUGUCAAGACGUCUGGGCCGCCUUUCGCGAAAAGAGGAGAACAUUCACGUUCUGGAAACCCACAAGAACGUUUGCGGAAAUGAAUCCAUAUGGACUUGCAAGCAGGGCGGUGUACAUUAUUGCGAAGGUUGUAAACUAUUGCUCGAAAGAGGAGAGUGAGGGGGGGGAUAUGAAGACGAGGACGGGGAAUGCGGAAAAGUUGCAGGGUAUGCUGGAUGAGUGGGAGAGAUUCUUGACGGUGGAGUUCUCGCCGCUGCCGUAUAAGAGUGACGAAGUGAAUGAUGCGUUUCAGCCGAUCUGGAUACACCCUCCUGCUUUUGCGGUUGCCAUGCAGCUCCACUACUCGGCCCGUCUCCUGCUUCUCCUCAACAAGCCGUCGAAAGGCGGCUUUGGAGGCUACCUCGAGCAGAGCCAGAUGAUUUCCAAAUACAUAAACAAUAUUUGCGGUAUCGCGAUGACUCUGAACGACUAUGCCUCAACUGUCAUGAACUCGCAAUGCCUUUAUAUAGCUGGGAUGUGUGUCCAAGACGUGCAGCAACGGCAGACUGUUUUGAGGCUCCUCGAGAAGUGUUGGCAACGCUCGGGCUGGCCGGUGACGGACCUUGGGGAAGAGCUGAAAGCCUUCUGGGAUACGCCUGAGGGCGGACCGAGAGGCUGA